AACCAGAAACCCUGUGGAAUCAAAAGAAAAGGGUUCGUAUGGGUCGAUCGUGAAUCGAAGCGUAUAGUUCAUGAUCAUCCUAUAUAUGUGUGUUCUUCCACUGUAUGCUUGAUCUCGGUACCGGACAGAGGCCGUCCAUACCUUUUGUUAUUUUGAUUUUCAUCUCGUUUUUCUCGUCCCUCCCCCCGCGUAGGUUUCUGUAAGUUUCUCUACCUGCAAAUUUUCCCGAGAAAAUAAUCCGCAGGGAUUUUCCUCCAAGAGCUCAGGCUGAACAAACGUCAAACUGCCUUUUUUGUUAACCAGUUUGAAACACUUCGGUCACGUCUUUUUCUUGUUUCCCCCAGAUCUCGAUCGUAGAACUCUCUCCCUCUGUCCCUCUCUUCUGGGAGUUUGUGAAGGACCCGCCAUGGAAGCUGUUGCUGCAUCAUACGCACCAGAUCAUCAGCCGGUCUCCCCAUGCAAGCAAAUCAAGGCGAUGCCAAGGAGAAACCACCACCACAACCACCAUAGCUUCACCGUCAAACCUUCUCCCACGAGCACCGUCCACGGCGGAGGAGGAGGAGGAGGAGGAGGUCACGCGCUACUCUUCGCUCGUCCACCUCCUCCUUCGCGUUCUCUGUCCUUCUCUUACCCUCCUCCAUCAUCAUCACCACCGCCGAUCUCCAACCCUCUCGGCUUCAACAACGUCCCUCCUCAUCACCACCGAGGCCAACCACCUUUGCUUCCUUUGCCAAAACCCUACUCUUCCCUCUCUCUCCCGGCCCCUAAUUCUAACAUAAGGACCAACAAGCCCAAGUCGUCGCCGUCACUCACUCCCAAGAAACCUUCUCCGAAGCAACCGAAAAGACAAGACCUGAACAACAAAAGGAAGGACUCCAAGAACCCAGGAAAAUCACCCUCCACCCCGCGUUCGGCAAACUCGUCAGCCGACGACGGCGUCGCGAUUAUCGGGUCGACAUGCUUGAUGGGUCCCGACCCGUAUAAGCUCCCAAGGGACAUCUUUGUGUCCAAGGGUGGUUCGUUGAGGGGCGACGUGGGGUUUCGCUCGCUCGUUCUGGGAGAUUUGGAGAAGUUCUCUGGCUCUGUGAUGUACGCAAUAUCGCCUCCUCCCAGCAGCUUGCCGUUGCCCAAGUUCUCCCUGCUGAGGCAGAAGCAGCUCAGCUGCAACGCCGAGGCCGCCGGAGUGGACGCUGGCGCGACCGAUGAUCUCCGGCGGGUCCUCCGCCUCCCCUGAACGCGUUUCUACAUCUUUUCCUCCCGAAGCUAAAGAAAGGGACAAACUCGAGCUAAAAGGGGUCCGCAAGAUCGCCCGACCUGAACCGCUUUUGGUAUGGUUUUGUUCUGGUGGUAUGGUGAUGUCGGUGUCUCCGUGUCUGUGUGUGUACGAAGAUUUUCCUUUGGGUCUUAUGUUUUCUUGUUUAUUGUCUUCUCUUCCUUUUCGUUUCUUGCUUCUGAAGAUCAGAUUUUGUGACCAUCACCUGCGUUUUUGAAAUGGGGUGCACAAAGAAAGUGAUCGACAUUAUAUGAAGUGGCUCCCGUCGCUGUAA